AUGAAUGAUGCGCCAAUCCAGAUGUGCGACGACAACGCCUGGCGCGGCGCAGUUUAUCAAAGCUCAAAUUUGUCGAAAAAAAAAUAAGUAAGAGAAAUAUUCGAAUGUUUGAAUUUCUGAUAUAGAAAAUUUUUCUUCUAUAAUUUUGCAAGGUACAACUGUGGUACAAUCUUUAAGCUUCAGAACAUUCGAUAGACUACUGGAACUCGAUAUCCCUGCCCGAUUAGUGUGUGAUAUUUUAAAAAAAUUCUUAAAAAGUUAUUUUUCGCUUAUAUAGUGCGAUUGGCUGGGGCUAGGCGAUCAUUGAGAGUUUAAAAGCCAUGCUAAACCAUCCCUUUUUUAAUGCUGAAUUCAGUUCAUAAACCAAAACGAAAAAUAAAAAAAACAAUACAAAAUGAUACUUCCGCUAAAUGCGCGCCAACGUGAUGUUCCGCGCGAGUAUUCAAUUUUUUCGUUGCUUCUAUGCCGUGUUCAAAGUAAUUUCCGCGAAAUGCAAAAUGGUCUCUGACCCUCCAAAAUUUAGUUAUCUUUCUCUUUCUCUGACGGCUAUUUUGAAUUUCGCGGAAUCACUUUGAACACGGCACUAACUUUUAUCUGUUUUUAUUCGCUCAUUACUCUUUCUUAUGCCUUUUUCAAAGUUCGUUCAAAAUUAAACGGUCAGAAAGAAAAUCUAUAAAACCCGCCAUCAAAUAGUUCAUAAAGACUUUUACGUUUUAGUUAAAUAAGUUUCAUUAUAAUAGGUUCCAAAAUUGUUGAAUAUUUUUCAAGUAGUUUAGUUUUUCUAUGUCAGAAAAACCGGUGGACAGAAAUCUUCACGUUGGAGUUUUUAUUCGUUUGUUUGAAUAUUCACCUGGUUAUUUCCAGAAACAAUGAGCGCUUUGGAAAAGACAAGCUGUUUGGAAACCGUUCAAGAGGCAAGCUUUAACGACGCCACUGAAGAUAAUGUUAGUUGGGAUUCAUUUUACUAAUCAAAAUUAACGAGAUACGACGGAAUACCUCAAUCUCAUACUAAAGAGCGUUCGAAAAUCGAGAACACAGAGAUUUUAUGUUGGAGCUCUAAAAUUAUCAAUAAUCAGUGCUAUCUUCAAAGUAUUGCUUCUUUUUUAAAUAGUCGAAUUUCAGAUUGCAAAUGGACUCUCAAGAAAGGACGUCGAAGAAGAAAUUGAAGUAAAUUGACCUCUCCUUCAGUACAAAAACUUUCACUGAAUUUUCCAGUUUUUGCAACGUCGACGGGACGCCGUUUUGAACCACCAUGACCAAUUUAAAGAUUUUGCUAUGGAAAAACGAGAACGUUUGGAAGAAGCCAGGCGAUUUCUUUAUUUUAAAAGGUAGUCUCUGAAAUUCAAACCCAUAAAAUUUCUAACGACAGAGAAACCGAUGAAUUCGAGAUUUGGAUGCGAGAAAAAUUGGAAACAAUUCCGGAAGAAAACAGUUUUGAUAUAGCCAAUCUCCAAGUACGCUUCGUCACCAUUAAUCAUUACAACUUUGACGGAUUUUAAGACUAAAAUCCAAAAGCACGAGGUUUUCAAAGCUGAAGUUCAAGCGAAUUCAAAAACUCUCAAUGGUUUGGACGAAAAUGGCGCGGAAAUGAUUUCUGAGAAAAAUUUCAAUAGUGACCUGAUCAAGGUUUUUGGUUAUUUUUCAAAAUAUGCAACUGUAAUACUUUCAGAAGCGACUCGAAGAGCUUCAUGCUCUUUGGGAAAAGCUUUUUUAUCAAAUAGACGAGAAAGCGACUCGACUUCGACGAGUCCUCGUCAUGCAGCAGUUCAUUCGACAAUGCGAUGACAUCCUUUACUGGAUCCACGAGGAAGUCUGUUUCGAAGAUCUGGCCUGUCGAUGCCCGUUGUUCAGGAAAAGACGCUCGAAACAAUUGACACCAGUGCAGAAAGUGUGGAAGACAUGCAGCUGCGAUUCGACUCUUUUCUCAGAGACAUGCACAACCAACAGCACCGGGUCAACGACGUCAACUUCGCAGCCGAGGCCUUCGGAAAUACCGAAAAUACGGAGUUCUCGCAUGGUUUGGAGGUGUGAUUAUAUUUAAUGUAGGAUGGAACUCUUUUCUCGCGAAAUAUUUUGAUGUAAAUUUUCAAGUAUUUUUUCUGAAAGAAUUACUGAUACGUCAAGUAUUAGUUCAAUCCAGCGCGGGGAAAGUAGGAGAGGGCAAGAUAAAUUUAAUGAUAAGAACUUUACAGUUUAGAUGUUUUCAUACAGAACACAGACACUUAUAACCAAGGUCAUUCGUUCAAAAAAAUUAUAUUUCAUAGAUUUUCAAUGUAUAGUAAAUUUUCCGGACUUAAAAGGGGCUAUAGGCAAGUCGGAAUGUGAGAAUUGUUGCGAUCGCGACGCGGGUGUUGGCGGGAAAUGCAAUUUCAAACGCGAAUCGCCAUUUUUAAUUUUUUUCCAUUUUAUGAUAGUUUUUCCAGUCAAUUUUUUUCAUGUUCUUCAUGAAAAUUGAAAACUGAAUUUUUUUCUGUAAUCUUUUUCUAAAAUGGAGUUUUCAUCAUUCGCUAAGAGCCACGUCUUGAAUGUAACACUUCACUUCUGCAACUCCAUCGCCUUACAAUUUGGCGAAAACUGUCUAUAACUUUUUGCUCAGAAAUUCUCAAAAAGCACAAGAAGGAUGAGAAAAUUUAUCUGUCCAUGAAAAAGUUCGAAAUAAAAUUUCUUAUUGAAGAUAAAACUCGUUAAUUACUUUCAAGUAUAUUUAAUUACCUGUUUUGUUUUUAGAAACUCGGAGAAGUGAAUGAAAAAUGGAAUAAUUUGAAAACGUUGGCUGGUAUCCGCAAAGAAAAACUCUACGGAGCCCAGCAAGUCCAGAGGCUCAACCACGAGAUUUCCGAAACGCUUGUUUGGAUGAAAGAGAAGGUAGAAGACCAGUCUUUUCUUAAAUUUCUUGAGUUUGAAGACUGAUUUCUCCUGCUUUUCUCAAACUCAUCAUACAACAUGAAAACUGAAUAAAGAUACACUACGAUUGAUAGUAUGUUACCGAUUCAGAGUUUUUUUCACUUCGAUUCGAUUAAAAACUCACUUAUAUAUAUAUAUAUAUUUUUUCUUACUAGGGAACUUUUUUUACCCCCGGUUGAACUUUUGCUGAAACUUUGCCGAAGUGUACUUUAGGACCCCCUGAUUCCAGAACAGGAAGAAAAUUUCUCGCAAUAGAUCUCGUUUUCGAGUUAGGACACUUCAAAAGCCCGAAAUAGCGCUUUUUUGGCCUAAUUUGCGUAUUUUGCACACUUUGAAGCUCCAUAACUCGGAAACAAGAUCUAUUGCGAGAAAUUUUCUUCUUGAUCUGCAAUCAGGGAGUCCUAAAGUACACUUCAGCAAAGUUUCAGCAAAAGUUCAACCGGGGGGUAAAAAACGUUCCCUGGUUAGAUUUUUUUGUGUUGACCCAGUUACUCACAUGAAUUGCGUGCAGAAAAUGAAGUGUAAUGUGCUAAUAAAAUAUUAAAAUAUACCUUAGUAGAUUACUUUCUGCGAAGUUCUGGACUGGAAAAUUUGAAAUCCUGAAAAUGGCACCAAUUUAAAAAAAAGUUGUACACAUAAGAAUCGAGGAUAGGACUCAGAGAAACCAGAAAAAAAUCAUAGUAUUGAAGAUGAAGCUUGAAAAAUGGAACGAUAAUCUUUUCCUUCCCCUAUAUAAAAGCCUACCGCCGGAAACCAAAAUGUGUGGAAGGAAGUUGUUCUUUACAGAACGCAAUAGUGUCGAAUGAGGAGAACGGACGCGACAGUGCAAGCGUCAGUCAGCUGCAGCGGAAGCACGAGGGCGUCCUGCGGGACCUCGCGGCUGUAGAAAUGAAGAUCGAACAACUGAAACAGGAGUCGAUGAAAGUCGCGGGAAACCAUCAAGAUCAUUCUAAGGAAAUUCAAGAACGCUUAUCGCAAGUUUUGGACGCGUGGGACAGUUUGAAAGUCGGUGCUAAGGUAAUAGUUAUUCGAAAUUCUGAUAUGUAGUACUCGAAAAUGUAAUCUCAAAGUUUUUAUUUAUACUCAAAAAAAAAAUUCAGUUGUACGAUGAAAAAUCCUCUCUAAUUCUGGAAAUCAUAAAUUUUCACACUAUUUGAAAAGCUAUUAUCAAAGUGUUAUCAGAGCGAAUAUUUUUCAGAAUAGAAAAGAAGAUCUCGCUAGAAGCCGCGAUUUGUUCCAGUUCGUUGAAGAUCACCGCGAAAUGUCGUCCUGGAUAAGUGAUAUGCAGGUGCCAAGUUCCGUCUCAGUAGAAGCUCUGAGAUGGUAUUCAGGCGAUUCUCGCUGCCGACACCAGCGCAAUCGAUGUCGCCGAUGCGGAAUCUCUGCUCGAACAACAUCUCGAAUUGAAAGGGGAAAUACGAGCCAGGUCUGAUGAACGCUUUUUUGUUUAAAGUUUUCGUUCUUUUAUCUAAUUUUUAAGGCGUUUGUUAAUUGUAUUUCUAGUUGAGUUCUACGAAGUUUUCGCCCUGCUCCAUUUGUGUACAAAACCCUGCAAAUGUAGUUGAGUUGAAAAAAAGAAUUUCAUGUUGUAUAUUACCCCUUUUCCUGAACCAAAGUAAUGCGAAAGAACAUCUCUUGAAAAUGAGCUUUUCGAAUUUCACUUUUUUUCAAAAAGACGUUCGCAGAGAAAAUCUUCUUACCCGCGUUUCUUCUCUUGGAAAAGAGCUCAUCGAAUUGAAUGUGCCUGAAAAAGAAGAAGUUUGUUCAAUAUGACAGAAAUCUCAGUUCUUUUCAAAAAAACAGAUACGUAAUAAAUUGGAAAAACUGGCCAACGAUGAUGAAGCAUUGCGCGUGUUGUGGAGAAACAAAUGCAAUUUUUACGAACAAUUGUUAGAAUUGCAACUUUUUUACCGAGACUGCGAACAGGCAGGAACUUGGAUGAGCAGACAAGUGGGCUUUCCAAACGUUUAUAUUCGUAAACCAUAACGACUUAGGAAACGUUCUUAGCGAAUUCGGUCGACGGAAAAUCGUUAGAAGAAGUCGAGCAGCUUCUCAAGAAACACCAAGACUUCGAGAGAUCCAUCAUGUCCCAUGAAAAGAAAGUUCGCAACAUCGAAGAUCUUUUCAACAAACUCCUUCAAGUUUUUCAUUAUUAUCAAAGCUGAUCAAAACUUUUUCGUUCAGAAUAAUCACCCAGCUUCUGAAGAAAUCGUUCAGCAACGCAAUUCGAUACUGGAAAGAAGACAGCGUAUUCUCGACUUGUCCCAAAAGCGACUUGCUCAAUUGAAUGUUCAAUAGUUUUCAGUGAUUCAUAACUCUUUGAUUGAUUUCAGCGAAGCCUUCAAUAUGAAUCUUUUUUUUGUGAUUGCACCGAUCUACAGAGCUGGAUCGAAACCAAAAUUGAAUCUUUGCGAGUGAGUCUCCAUUUGUUUGUUUAUUUUUGUUAAUUUACAUUCGUUGAGAUUAUUCUUUUCGCUUUCCAAAAUUUUUGUUUCCUUUUGUUCUUUUGAAGUUUCGAGAAGGUUUCAGAAUUUUCUUCAUGGAUAAUUGGAAAUUUUUUGAAACGAUCAUUUUAUAAAUGCUGGAAAGAUCUAUUGUAGUGCGAGUCUUAAAAUACAAGAAAUCUCCUCAAAUUCAAAUCUAUUCGCACAUUUCCAGUUGAGUGCUGAACAUAAAAGUGAUUCGAAUUUGAUCGGACUGCGAGCUAAACUACAAAGACAUUCUAAUUGCGAGCAAGAAGUGAAAGCCAACGAAAAUCGCCUGGAGAGCGUCCGAGUGGAAGGAAAGAAGCUGCUGAAAGACAAUGAUGACCACUCUGCAGAUGUGCGAACCUUUCCCAAUCUCAUGUACCUUUUUCAUAGGUACGGCGACGUAUCGAGCAAUUAGAAGCCAAGUGGAACGAUCUGCUUAGUCUUUUUGCGGAAAUCAGAACAAAGUUACAAGAGACCGAGGACGAAGAGCUUUUCCUACAAAAAACCGAGGAUUUCCUGAAGUGGCUCGAAAGCUUCGAGUCCAAAGUUAGUCGUAGUGGUUUUUUAGUUGAAAAGUAGAUUCAGGUGUCCUCGAAAUAUGUUGGUGAGAAUGUAGAAGCAGUAAAAAGCCUUCAGAAAGAGCUGAAUAUUAUCAGUUGUGACUACGAAGAGUACGCUGGUCGUCUGAGCUUUCUCGACAGUCUGGUAGGCUCCCCUUCUCAAAUUAAAUAAUUAAGGUAGCUCUAGGCCGAGCAAAUGGCCAAGAAGAACCACUCGGGGAUCUUUGAUUUGGUCGAAAAGUUGAAAAUAUCACGCGAACGCUAUGAGGUAGGUAGGCAAAGACAUUAAUAUUCAAGUUCGAAUGUUGAGAACUCAUUCCUUCUUCUGGAAAGGCGGAAAGCUUUGUUGGACGAGUCAUCUGACGUGAUUCAUGCCAUUCACGAGAUCGACGAAGAACUUGCUUGGAUAGAUGAGAAGUUGAGUUUGGCGCGUGUGAAGAGCAACUGCAGCGAUCCCGCCGCUGCGCCACGUCUCCUCAAGAAGCAACAGGCCCUCGGCGCCGAGAUAAAAAGCCAUGAAGGCCAAAUCGAGUACGUCUUGCGCAACGCCGAUGAAAAACUCAACAAAGUUGUUUUCUGAACUUGCUUUCAUCUAGUUGUUCUUUUUUGUAGGGCACUAUGCAGAACCAACUUCGAGGAAAAGCGACAAAGCUGAGUGAGGGCUGGAAACAGCUCAAGAAGGAGGUGGAGGAUGGGUACAAUGUUUUGAAAAACUUGUUUGAGGUACCAUCUCCAUUUCAGAAGUUUCGUUUUUCUUCCAUUUUCAGACCCAUCUCUUUCUUUCUGAUGCGAAAGAGGCCGAAGUUUGGUUGUUGGAGAAAGAGCCUGCGAUUCUUUCUAAAGAACUCGGAAAGGACGAAGAUAGCGCGGAAAUUCUACUGAAGGUUCAGGCUGUGUUUACCACGUCGAAUUGGCCAAUUUUAGAAGCACCGGGCUCUUUUCUCCGACCUUAUUGCUUUCAAAGGAAAGAUCGAAAGUUUGAGAGAUAGAGCUGAAAGAUGCGACACCCACGACUUCAGUGGUUCAAUCGCAGAAUAUCUCAGAUUAAUUCGUAAUUCAGGUCGGGAAUAUGUCGUCGCUUUAGUGGAUUAUCGUGCGAGCUCACCAAACGAGGUUUCUUUCGAGAAAGGCGCCAUUUUCCCGGUCAUCAACUCUUCUGACAAAGACUGGUGGAAAGUAGAAUCGAAUGGCCGUCAAGGAUUUGUUCCUUCCGGGCACGUGAAACGGGUGGAACUCGGUCGUGAGCAGGACUUGGUCUCCGUCGUUGUCUCCACGAUCCUUCAAUAGUGCCGGGUUUCAGAUGCACGACAUCGUCCACACUCAGAAAAGCAUCGAGAAAAGAUACGACGUUCUGAUCAAACUUGCAGAAGAGCGAAACAAGUAAAUUGUUUCUUGUUUCAAAAUAUUCGGUUUAUUUUUGUGAAGUGCAGGGGUGGCUAUUGAGAUGCUUCAAAAAAAAAAAUUUUUUUUCCUUUUUUUUAUCCUUCUGUAUAGAAAACUCGACGACGCUUGGAAAGCCUUCCAGCUGCUGCGAGAAGCAGAAAAUCUCACUGAAUGGAUAGACCGAGCAGUAAUUCCUCUUUUUUCUUCUUCUGUAUUAUUUAUUUUGAGGAAUCGGCAACUUCCCAGCACAUCGCGUCAGACUUUGACCAAGUCGAUUUCGUGACGAAAAAGUUUGAUGUCUUCAAGGGCGACCUCAAGGAACACGAGGAGAAGCUGAAACGAAUGAACGAUUUAGGUUCUUUUUUUCAAUGCAAAUCUUGAGUUCCAAUUUUUCAAACAGCUGGAGCGAUCAUCUGUAUGAGGAAGUCUGAAACAACCUCUCGGAUCAAAUCGCGGAUUGAAGAGCUCAAUUUGAGGUUCUUCUUCUAAACGUCGCUAAUGUUUAUUCACCUUUCGUUAUUUUCAGGUGGCGUCACCUUGAAGAGACUUCAAUGCAACGUGAGCAGCAGAUAGACGCCGUCAAAAUUAUUCAACGCUUCUAUACUGACGUUGAAGAGGUCAUGGACCGCAUUCGCGUGAGAUUCCGCUCCUAAAUUAUGUAUACACCUGGUUUUUCAGGAAAAAUUGGACGUUCUGAAUAGUGAUGACGUUGGACGAGAUAUUCUUUCGGUACAGGCAUUGCAAAAAAGGCACGAGGGCGUCGAACAUGAACUUGAUGCUUUGAAUGAAAAACGUGCGCGCUUAGACGACAUCGUGAGGAAAUUUUAUCUUUUUGGAACCCCUAACCGUUUCCAGGCCAACCUUCUGCGCAAAUCACAUCCGGAAGCAGCCCAACAUAUAUACGACUUGCAGCGUGAACUGAGCGAACGCUGGGAUCAACUCGUGAUUCGAGCGAACUUCAGGUUCUAUUUUUAUUAAGAUAAUAUGUUUUCAGGAAAAAGCUUCAGGAGCUCAGAAAAAAAGGAAGAGAAUAGAUCAAAAAGUUUUGAGGAAAGAGAAGUAUUGGCUAAUAUCUCAAAUCGAAUUAUCAGUUGACAUUUUCAACCUAAACUAACCAGAUAUUUCACCCUUUUUUCUGAAAAACUCCCUUUUCUCGCAAAAGACAUGGAAUAUAUAAUGUUAAUUAUAUUUCGAUCAAUGCAAUCAUUUUCUCUUCUACACAGAAAAGGGCUGUUACUUGAUGCUCAUGACUACCAUCGUUUCUUAUCGGAAUAUCGCGAUCUCCUCCAAUGGAUCACUUCCAUGAAUCAGCUGGUGUUGAAAAACGAGCUCGCCACCGACGUCACUGGAGCAGAAGCCCUUCUGGAAACUCAUAAUGAAUACAGGUUAUAUUUCAUCUUCAAACCAAAUUUUCCCGUUUUUAAAGAUUGGAGAUUGACGCUCGAGCUCCGGCUUUUCUCAGCUUUGAUCAGUUCGGUCAUCAGCUCAUCUCGAACAAGCACAGUGAGACUCCAAUCAUUUCUGAACGCUUGAACAAAGUUUUUUUGUUGGUGUAUUCACAACUGGAAGAACUUCGUUGCAGAUGAAUGAUUUUCGGAAUCAACUGGAGGAUGCUUGGCUGCAGCGUCGGCAAGUCCUCGAACAAUGCCUUGAACUUCAAUUUUUCAAUCGCGAUUGGGAAAAAGUUCCUUUCAUAUAUGCAUCUCAUUAUAUUUCAAAAUAUAAUAGGAAAAAUGCUGGAUUCGGGCUCGAGACGCUAUCUUAGAGCGUGAAUCUCAAGGAACAGAAAAUCUCAAAGCAGUGCAGAAGAAAAAUGAAGAACUACGGAAGGCUCUUUUAGCUGAAGAAGAGAAGAUAAAGCGUCUUACGGCAAGUUCACUCGUCUGGUCACCGGAAGACAAGAUUCCAGUCAAUGGCUGACACAUUGGUUUCUGAGAGACACUACGAUAGCGAAAACGUUGCGCUGAAACGCGACGACGUGAUCUCGAGCUGGAACAACUUGAAACGACGUUUCAACGAGAGUCAAAAAGAGCUCGGAGAAUCGCAAACCGUUCAGCAGAUCAAUGACGACGCCGAGGAGAUGGAGCGGUGGAUUGCCGAUAAAUUUGAAGUGUGAUGGGUUCUCUCUUCAUUUGGAACUCUAACUUUCAGAUUGCUCUCGAAGACAACUUCUACGGUUCCAACAUAAGGCAAAAUUACGAAAAACAGCAAGCUUUCGAGGCAGAACUACGAGCAAAUCACAAAAGAGUUCAAACUUUUUUGGAAGGUAAAACUUUCAAAUUUAUUCUUUCCUUGAUCCAACGCCAUUGAGAUGCAAGAAACUCGGUGAGCAAGUGGAAAAAGGACGAUCCCGUAGACGAAAAGUUGAGUGACCUGAGUAAAAAGUGGAAUAAACUGAAUAAAGUCACCGCUGAGAAAACUUUGAGGUUUUUUCCACGCUUUUUUUCUGUUUAUUGUGUUGUUUCAGGAUGAAAGAAGCAAACGACCAAAAACAUUUUUUGGAAAAUGUCCAAGAUUUAGAGUUCUGGCUGGACGAUGUAGAGUCGACGUUACAGUCAGAUAUGUUUGGUAACGUGAGUAUUUCAAAAUCAAUUUUUUUAAAAGUUGAAUAGCAAAAAAAAAAGAAAUCGAACGCGGGGAAAACUAUAUGCGAUUAAUUACAGGAUUUGGCCUCCGUCAGAAGUCUUUUGAGCAAACUCCAAGCGGUCGAGGCUGACAUUGCAUUGCAUGAAGACAACCUCCUCGAGGUCGAGGACAUGUACCAGAACUUGGUUCAAAGUUAUAACAAAGGCGAGAGCAAAGAACUCGGAUUGCAUCAGAAGGUGUGACUUGUUUUCCCAACGACGAGGAGGAAUUUCCGGUCUGCCGAAAUUCGUGGCCUUGAUAUUGAGAGUUGAACCCCCAAUCUUCUCAGCUUAUCCCUUGAAAGAAAUGUCUUUAUUUUUCUUCAUUUUUAUUUCUGUUUCAUUAUCUUUUUUAGUUUUUUUUUAAAUUUUUUUAAAAAGAUUUUCCAAGUUUUAUGCGGUUUCAAAAGCUUGAGUUGUUCAACGAAAACUUUAACUUUUUUUUAAAUUUCCGCAUAGGGUUGAGUCUGUAGAUUCAAUUCCUAACAUUCAAGGUCGCGGAUCGUAAAUAGACCCUCAUCAUUUUCUCAGAUGUUACCGAGACAGUUCCUAUUCAGGAAAUCAAAAAUCGCUUUGAAGUUGUUCGUCAGAUGGCCAGUAGAAAACGUGCCGUCUUAAGUGAGAACCUCAACAUUUACUUGUUCUUGAGGGAUAUCGACGAGGAAAAAGCAUGGAUGCAGUUUGUGUCUUCCGUCGUCUCUUCUCGUAAUUUCACCCUCGGUUAAGAGAAAAAAUCAUUCUGACGGAUAAUGAAGACUACGGACGAGAUAUGCAAGGCGUGCACAAUUUGCGUCGCAAACAUCGCCGUAUCGAAAACGAAAUCUCUAAUCACGAGCCUCAUGUGAGAAAUCACCCGUGAACAAAAUCUUGAACUUUUCAGCUGAUUCAACUUCGUCACAGAGGUCAGGAGCUCGUUCAGAGCACUUCCAAUUCUGAUUCUGACGCUGGCAUCAAGAAAAAGAUGACCGAGCUAACCGAAACACUUGAGCAAUUGUUGUUCAAAGUGGAAGAACGGUUCGAUAAUCACGUUUCAGAAAAACUCGAUCAUAUUUUCUUAUAAUUCUCUUAAAAGGGAAGAAUUGGUUUUAUCGAAGUUUGGUAGCUCAAAAGAAGUUGUUUUGAUGAAGUUUGGAAUUUCUUAUAAUUUUUAUUUCAAACACCCAGAAGAAAGGAUUUGUGCGUAAUUAUAUUUUAGUGAUAAACUUUUUGAAAUUUUGGGGCUAGCGCAGACUCGAAGACUUCAUAGAUUUUUUUGAUUGAAUUUAUCAGAAACUUUGACGAUAAGACUUUUUUUCAGUCAUUGUUACACCGGUUGUCAUUUUUCGAUUUCAGACACAAGUCGCUUGACGAGUCCGAAGCGUUCCAUCAAUUUCUGCUGGACGCCGGCGAGGAAGAGGCUUGGAUGAACGAAAAUCGGCUCGUUCUCCAGUCCGAAAACUUGAGUGAAAAAAUGACCGGAACUCAAAGUCUUGUUAAAAAGCACGAGAACUUCCUUUGCGACCUGGACGUGCAUAGGAAGCGCAUCCUCAACUUGGUGAACAGCGGAAAAGAGGUGAAUUUUCAGCUCGUCGUUUAUUCUCAAUUGUUUUUUUUUCUCUUCAGCUUACCAAUGGCCAGAAUCGGCACUCGACCAAGAUCCGACGGCAUUGCGAAAUGUUGAAGUCCCGACUGGCCGAAAUAGAAGUCUUGGCGGAUUCCCGUUUGAGAAGACUGCGCGAGAAUUCGGCAUUCCUGCAGUUCAUGUGGAAGUGCGAUACUGUCGACACCUGGAUCAGUUGGGAGUCGAGAUUUUCCAUCAAAACGUUUGGAUUGAGGUGAGAAAGAAGAACUCGUGAAGCUCGACGAAGACAUCAAGGAUAUAUCGCGGGUCGAGCUCAUCCUGGCCAAACAGAAGACCUUUAACGCGGGUUUGUACGCGUUUCACAAAGAGGGCAUCGAGAGGUUUCCCAGUCAGAUUCCUUUUCGAAGGAAUGUUUUCAGAAUCGGAGAGUUGAGGGAUCAGCUUUUGGCCAACGAACAUCAGAAGAAAGAUCUUAUCGAUAAGCGAUACUCUGGAGUAGUUCAGCGGUGGGAGAAUUUGCUGAAAAAAUCUGAGGAACGUCUUCGGAAGCUUCUCGAGUUGCGACAGAGUUUCGAAAAAAUUGAAGUAAACACUUUUCUUUUGAUGUUUCCUGAACUCACUCAUCGUGGUUUUCAGGGUUUGUAUUUGAACUUCGCAAAAAUGGCAUCAGCGUUCAAUUCGUGGAUCGAAAAUGCUGAAGAAGACCUCACAGAUCCAGUUCAGUGCAAUUCUCUACAGGACGUCUUGAUCCUCUGCGACAGUUAUGCUCGUUCUCAGGUUGGUUCUCGCUCAACUAUUCGUUAAAUUUGAUGAGCUCAGUCAAACUUCGAAAAAGCUGAACAGGAGCUGAAAGAGCUGCAAAAGCUCGAUCGGCUGAUCAAAAGUUUACACGUCGCACCAACUCCCUACACAUGGUUUACCGUCGAGGCGCUCGAAGAAAACUGGCGUAACUUGAAACAAACUAACAAGGUAGUCCAAGCGAAAAUUCAUUUUUUUUUUCCCAACUGCUCUAGGAACGGGAGAAAGAAUUAGUGCAAGAGCGGAUGCGUCAAGAAGAAAACGAGCAGCUGAGAAAAGAUUUCGCGAAACUGGCCAACGAUUUUGACUCUUGGCUCUCUCUCACACGCCAACACGUUUUUCUCCCUGUUUUAUCUGUACCUUAUAAGUGUCAAGAUGAUGGACUUCGGCGGCUCUCUGGAGGAACAACUCGAGGAGAUGAAACGCAAGUCCGAAGAGAUACUUUCAAACAAAGCCAAGCUGAAAAAAAUCGAGAACCUCGGCGCGAUCCUCGAGAAACAAUUGAUUUUGGACAACAGGUUUUUGAUUUGUUUUAAUAAUAGGUUCAUUCACUGCAUACGGUGAGAAAAAUAAGAAGUUAAAAUAAUACAAGACAAAAGUGCAGUAGAAUAACCAGAAACAGAAAUUUUAAUCGUUCUUGACUUAGAAGGCGAGGGAGACGGGGAACGGGCGGAACACGUAGCGUGUGCGUAGCCGGUUCUCGGCACGAGUUCAAUUCAAGCGCCACCGACUAUUUAAAAAGCUCAGUCACCCCUCUUUUUGUAUCUAUUAUACCAUUCUUAAUGCACAAAGGUAAGAAAUCAAUGAAAGAUUAAAAAAGACAUGAAGAGAGCGAUAAACGAGUUCUCGAAAUAGUCGCUGACGGUUGAAUUGAACGCGCGCCAAGAACCGCGUACGCGUUCCGCCUCUUUCCCCGCCUCCCUCGCCUUUCAAGUCGAGGAAACAUUGAGUAUAGUCCAUAUAGAGAAUAUGCGAAUUUCCAAGUGAGUUAGACUGGACCAGUACAUUUUCGCACAGAAGUAACCAAAAAAAAGUUAAUGAGACGUUUUACUGUGAUUAAUGCGUUCAUUCGAUUUCGAGACCGUUUAUAUUUUUGGUGCAUUGUCUUUUUGAGGUACACUGAGCAUUCGACAGUGGCAACGUCUCAGGCGUGGGAUCAGAUCCACCAGCUUUCGUUACGCAUGCAGUACAACUUGGAGCAACAGAUUCAGGCCCGCAACCAGUCUGGCGUUAAAGAAGAGUCUCUAAGAGAGUUCACGCUUAUGUUUAAGCACUUUGACCGGGUUUUCUUUAAUUCUUGAUUAAAAAACAGGAUUUCGUUUAAAGACCAAAUCUGGACGACUUGAUUACCAAAUGCUGAAGAAUUGUCUCCGCGCCUUGGGUUUCGAUCUUGAAAUUGAAGAUGGCAAACAAGACCCGGAGUUUGAGAAGAUUUUGAAUUUCGUUGAUCCAAACCGGUAAGUCUUUGGAAAUCGCUUUUUGAUUGUAUAAAUGGGUGAUUUUGAAGGCUCUUUGAGAAAGCUGGCUAAAUUUUGAUUGAAAAUUCUUUCAGCAGAACUGAAAGCUUCUCACGGCAGUUGAAAACAUUUUUAAUGAACAUUCAAAUAUUCUAUUGAAAAAGGAAAGUAUCAUCUGUAGCUUUUUUUCCAACCUCAAGAAACGUAUUAUAAGAGGAGAGAGUUGCGACGUCGCAAUUUGGAACAGAUAUCGGCGUGUGCUUGAUUUUUCUGCUCAUAUACUAUAAUGAGAGAUUUCAGUGACGGCUCCGUGACUCUGCAAGACUUCAUGAGCUUCAUGGUUCGCGAAGAGACGGAAAACGUGCAAUCGACGGAAGACAUUCGUCUUGCUUUCCGGGCACUCACCAAGGACCUCAAGCCCUUCAUCACUUCCGAAGAACUCCAUUCCGUGCGUUUUGUAUCUUCGGCUGUACAAAAUUAUGCGAUUUCAGGUUUUGACGCCGCAACAAGCUGAAUUUUGCACGCGACGGAUGAAGACGUACGUCGACUCGGCCGGUCGCCCGAUUCCAGGCGCUCUCGAUUAUUCACAGUUUGUAGAUGUCGUCUUCAAUUGA